CCCGCUUCCCCAGCCGCCGCCGGCGGAGGGGUCCACGGCCUUCUCCGCUCCGCCGGAAAAGCACCUCCGCGCAAGCGCUCCAGGGCCUCUCGUCGCGCCCCCACUACUCUACUCAACACCGAUACAGCAAACUUCCGAGCCAUGGUUCAGCAAUUCACCGGCGUGCCGACCGGACCGUACAAUAAUACCGACGGAUUCGGGUUCCGGCUCGGGUCAGAGAACACUACCCAACAGCCACCUGCCGCCAUGCCGCAACAGCAACGGCAGUACUAUGAGUACAUGCCGCCACAGCAACAGCAACAGGAAGAUGGGAUGCAUAUGGGGUAUGGAGUGAUGGGAACUGGGAUGGAUGAUGGGCAUGCGAUGCCGGGGUUCUUCAUGGAUGGGAUUGGUCAUGGGUAUACUUUUAAUGGAUGAUGAUGUUGAUGAUGAUGAUGAUGAUUAUGAUGUAAGUAGGUGAUGAUGUGUAGAUUAUGAUGAAUAUGUGGCUACUUUUAUUAUGGUUUUAUGAUUUUGGUAUGCUCUGAAUGAGCUAUUUGGUCGGGGUUAAUUCUUUUGAAUUUUCUUCAUGGUAGCUUGUAUGUUACGUAACUGGUGGGACAGUGAAGGAAUAUGUUUGAUUGCGACGGAAAUGCUGUUUUCAA